AUGAACUCUCAUUUCCCUUUGAAAAUGACCAUUGUCUCUCCUGCAUCUUUUGAAAAACCCAAUGGCAAAGCAAACAGUUCCUUUCAAGUUAUUGAACAACAACAACAACAACAACCACACCAAGGCCAUCCUAUUCCACGAGGAGAGAGAGCCACCUAUCAACGACACAUGACACUUCCUUAUUAUUACAACACGCUUACAGUGGAGAAUCGAUACAUUUCCUUACUCUCGCUCAUCAAUGUCACGUAUCCACCUCGUAUUUGUUCACUGUGCGACAAGACUUUUCGUAGCGCAUCCGAGACAGAUCACCAUUAUAAGAUAUCUCACAGGUGUCGCCGAUUUCUUUGCUUACAUCCACACUGUGAUCGACGCUUCUCAUCACGCACAGCUUUGCACUUUCACAUGACCCGAUCCCAUCUUAUCAAUCAAGCUCCUCCGCAAUACACAAUUCAGGAACCACCAUUUAUGCAAUAUCGCGUUGAACCUAAUAUAGGUCGCUUUUCAUCUUUCACUCCACCAUCACCCCCGUUGCCAUCAUCACAUUCACCACAUCAACAUGUUGCCAUGGCAACAACAUCUCAACUGACAUCUGUACCCCAAACAACAACAACCUACAACAACUCUGCCCCAACGUCAUCAUCACCAUCAUGCGCAUGCUGUGACUCACAAAAGAUGGAUGCCAACAAGCGGCAUCAUCAUGGCCAACAACAAGAACCUUAUUAUUCUAGUAAUUGCCCACCACCAAACGGCUCAUCUCAUCCGCCCACUACUACUACCAAAGAUAGUCUAUUAUUAUACCACAUGCCACCACAAACAACCCACGGCAAUAGUAAUAAUGCUGACCCUGAAAGCCAACCAUCCGUCAAUAUGUCACCUACCACCCAAUCCCAAACUUGUAUUACAGCAAGUGUUCCGCAAUAG